GGGGUAACGAGAAAAAUUCAAACAAAUCGAGAUUAUUUACAAUCUCCCCCUCAAAACUUCAUAUAUUUCUACAUCCCCUAUACUUCUAAUUAUUUCAUAAAAUACCCCUUCCGCUCUAACCAGUAACCUCACUUCACAGUUCAGUUCACACUCCAUAGCCGAAUCAUCACAUAAACCCUAAAUCCCUAAAACCCUAAAAAUGCGAAUCUUCAAUUUUCGAAUCACCAAAUUCAUAAAGCAAAAUCUCGAAAAUUCUCAAUGUAUUCAUCACCAGCAAUACAAUCCCAAUCCCUAUUUCAAUUCGAUUAGAGAAAUGUCUCAAUCCACAUCAAUCCCUAAAAAACAACUACGAAUUCGCGAUCAUGGUUACGAUAAUUACAUGGAAAUCGAGAAGAAAACUCGUAAAGUUCUCAAAUUUCAGAGCCUUAUACUCUCUGAACCAAACCAAUCAAUCGCAAUUCCUCGUCUUGAAACCUUAGCUUUUCGAAUUGGCUUCACGCGCCAUGAAUCAAGCGCGUUUAUUCUUAAAUUCCCACAUGUGUUCGAAAUCUUCGAGCACCCGGUUCAGCGGAUUCUCUUCUGCAGGUUAACCCGAAAAGCAAUCCUCCAGAUUGAACAGGAGCGUCUUGCACUUGCGGAUCAGCUCUCACACGCUGUCACACGCCUCCGUAAGAUGCUCAUGAUGUCGAAUGAUCGCCGGUUGCGCCUGGAGCACGUGAGGAUUGCGCGCUCUGCCCUUGGAUUACCGGAUGAUUUUGAAUACUCGGUUGUUUUGAGGUAUCCUGAAUUUUUUCGCUUAGUUGAUGCUAAAGAAACUAGAAACAAGUACAUUGAGCUUGUUGAAUAUGACCCUAAGUUAGCAACUUGUGCAAUUGAAGAUGCUAGGGAGAGAGUUUAUAGAGAGAGAGGUAGUGAAGCUGAAGAUAUUAGGUUUUCAUUUUUGAUUGAUUUUCCACCUGGUUUUAAGAUUGGCAAGUAUUUUAGAGUUGCAAUGUGGAAGUGGCAAAGGGUACCUUAUUGGUCACCUUAUGAGGAUGUUUCUGGCUAUGAUUUGAGGUCCAUUGAAGCACAAAAGAGAAUGGAGAAAAGGGCUGUUGCUACCAUUCAUGAAUUGUUAUCCUUAACUGUGGAGAAGAAGAUUACUUUGGAGAGGAUUGCGCAUUUUCGGAUGGCGAUGAACUUGCCGAAGAAGUUGAAGGAGUUUUUACUUCAGCAUCAGGGGAUUUUCUAUAUUUCCACUAGAGGGAAUAAUGGGAAGCUUCACACUGUUUUUCUUAGGGAGGCUUAUAGGAAAGGUGAGUUAGUUGAGCCUAAUGAUUUAUAUUUGGCGCGGCGGAAGCUUGCCGAGCUUGUGAUUUUGAGCCCACGGAAAGCUACGGUUGAUAGGGAAUUGAUUGGGCAUAGGAGGAGCAAGUUAGAUGAUGAGAUGGGGCAAGUAACUCGAGCUUAUGUUGAGGAUGCUUGUGGAGACUUAAAGGGUGGAGAUGGUGUGGGGCAAGCUGAGGAUGCAGAAGAUGAUUUGUCAUCGGAUAUUGGUUCUGAUGUUGAUUCUGGAGACGAGGAUGAUGAUUUUGAUGAUAGUGUAUCAAUGCAAAUGAAAUCUCUUGAGUGAGAUUAUUUGGAGAAUCUUAGGAUUUUUCCGAUUUUGCAGUUGAGAAGUCUCUUGAAGGAAAUUCACUCUCUGUCGUGGCAAUUUUCAUCAUCAAUAAAGGUUUGCAACAUGGGGCUGGCCUAUAGCAUGGUAAAAAUGGCAAGCAAGCCUUUUGUUCAUCCUUUGAAAUUUCAGUCCCUUGAGCACCUCCAACUCCAAGUAGUAGUGUGCUCAUAACAGCAAAAAGCAAUACCACUAUCUUCAACACCAUCUUCAAACAAGAUUCCAUGUUAACUCAACCUGCUCGAUAAAUAAAAUUAAAGAUGUUAUUAACUUGUUAUGAUAUGUUAGAGAAAUUGUGUCCUUAUUUAUACAAAUUUUUAAAAUAUUAACCGCUUCGAAGAACACUGUAGAGUGCCAAAACGGGGGAUUUUUCAAAAUCCUUUCGUUGCUUAUAUCACUGUUGGAAUACACGAUUUUGGGGUUUUCUGUAUCUACUUCUUGCGUGGCGUCCUUGGAUUACUUUGCAAUGGUUUUGGAUCCUUUCUAAUUGAGAUUCGUUUUGUAAAUCUUUGCAAGAAUCCCCUUUAUUGUUUUGUAAACUUGAUUUGGUAAGAAUCAAUUCUUAUUCUUUUA